CGGGAGUCUCGAGGCCGAGAGCCGAGAUUCCAGCGAGAGGUCUGGGAGCCCGCCCGAUCUUCACGAGCACGCGCCCCUUCUGCUCAGUUUGGCCCAAGCGCCCCUUCUGCAAGGACCAGAAAAGGUACGUGUUCAACGCAAACAACUCUUCACGAUCGCCCCCGUGGUGAGCCAUGCCCAUCAAGACCAUGACGGCAGCCUUGACGCUCGCGAUGACCGUGGCGACCAGCGCGGGCGUUGACACGUGUCGCGCACAUGAUGGCGUGACGAUGAUGCAGCUGAGUGCGGUCAGCGAAGCGAGCGAGAAGCUGGUCGCGCCGGUCUCUGUAUCGCAUGCGCCACCGCCUACGACACGGAAUCGCGCCAUGGCGAAGCUGCGUAAAGAGUUGCCUCAUUGCCCCAGCCCGCAUCCGGAGCGAGGCUAUCUGAUUGCAAGGAUCAAGAAGAAUGACCCGACAGGCUACUAUUGUUCAAAGUGGACUGGUGCAUUCACGGCGACGUCUGCAAGCGCAACAUGCAAGGCGGAUGACGCUGUGAUUAACGAUAUGAUUGCUCUUGCUGGUCAUGAAAACGUGGUUUUCAAAGUGGUGAUGGACGACGAAGCCACUUUGCCCCGCCACUACAAGUUUACUUCAGCAUCUCAGCAAUAUUCUUCCGAAAACAUUCCAAUGGAUGACGUGUGCGUGUCGGAAUACUCGCCGACUGGACCAUGGACAUGCGGAAAGUCCUCAAUCACGGACAACAGCCCUGUGUUUUGUGGCUUGACCACUGCAAGGUAUCCCGGACCGUAUUGUCAAAACAGCGACCCCCAAGUACAGGCAUUGCACCCUGGUUAUACAGGUACCGAUGACGGUUACAAGGGCUAUGGUCAUGCUUGGAGAUUCUCUGAUCGGUGCAACAACAAGCAUGGUUCUGCCAGUAUGUACGAAGCGUACAUGAUGCUGAAGUGCACUGCCAGUGAGGACUGUUACGAUGGCAGCACGUGUGUGGGCGGGUUUUGCAUUGCUGCUGCGCCGACACCAGCGUCAACUCCAGCACCGACGGCACCAACGCCGUCUCCGACGCCAGCCCCGACAGCGGCACCAACGACGUCUCCGACCUCAUCUCCGACGACGCCUGCCCCGACAGCGGCCCCGGCGACUCCUGGCACGACCCGACCCCAGCACGACCCUACCCCAGCAAGACCACACCCCAGCACGACCACACCCAAGCAGACCCACCCAGCACGACACCCACGCCCCAGCACGACCACCCCAGCGACCUACGUCUUCGGUGGCGGAUACUUUAUUGCUUCUGGUGGGAAUGCAGAAACUUCAUGUGCUGCCGUGGGCUUGCAGGUCAUUGCCUCCUUCGAGGAGUGCCAGUCUGCGGCAGAAUACGUUGGCAUCGCAAAUAUCGAAAUGGUUGGGCCAGGGAUCUGGUCAUGGGUACCUUAUGGUUGCACGGUGCAACAAGACAGCGCAACGCCAGUGUCAGGCGCCGCUGGGAUGCUUGGAAGGGUUCACUUCAGUACCACAUCCGGGAACAACAAUGGUGGCAAUGGGGGUUAUGUUUUGAUAUGCAGGCAGCCGGCAGCUCCGACUGCAGCACCGUCUGCCUCCCCGACGGCGUCACCGACGGCCUCGCCGACGGCCUCACCCACACCAGCACCGACUGCAGCACCAACGGCAGCGCCCACGGCGACCCCGACAGCGGCACCAACUGCAGCUCCCACGGCAGCACCAUCUCCACCGAGCGGGGCGGGCGCCGGAGCGUCGGCCGUGGGCGACCCCCACCUGCAGAACAUCCACGGCGAGCGGUUCGACUUGAUGAGGGCGGGCAAGCACGUUCUGAUAAACAUCCCUCGUGGAACAGGUGCUGACAGCGCCCUGCUUCGCGUGCAGGCCGAUGCGCGUCAGUUGGGUGGACAGUGCGCGGACAUGUACUUCCAGCAGAUCAACGUCACCGGGUCUUGGGCGGAGGCCAGAAAAGCUGGGGGGCUCCACUACAGCGUGUCGCAGCAGGACGUCAAGACUCCGGGUUGGCUUGGGUUUGGCAAUGUCGAGCUGAAAGUCGUUCAUGGACGCACGCUUGGCGGCUUACUUUAUUUGAACUUCUACGUGAAGCAUCUGAGCCGAGCGGGAUUCGCAGUCGGGGGCCUACUGGGCGAGGAUGACCACCAGGAGGUGAGCAUUCCAGCGACGUCCUGUGCUCAUCGCAUGGCCCUCGUUGCGGGAGGCGACUCUAGCGAUUGAGCGCCCAUACGCACCGCGGGCGAGCCCCAGAAGUGGCCGUUGCGAUCGACGAGCUCGUCGACUGGGCAGGCCAUUCUGGGAUCCUCAUUUUUUCCUCUCGUCUGUGCCAAGCGCUUAGUUUGUAGCAUCAGUUGCCGCGUCAAGCAUGGCUCCUCCAGCCUUCCUUCUGCUCGCACCGCUCUCUCUCUCUCUCUCUCUCCCCGUUCUUCCCUUCUCUCCCCAUAUCCGUUCCUUCUCCCUUUGGGGCCGCGCGCGGUCGGGCAGAGCGAUCUGCCCGCCGUGCGCGUGAGCUGCUUGCGUAAGCAGUCUCGGAGCCCUCGUUUCUGCCCUGCGCGCGGCAGCCGCCGAUUCGUGCUGCUCGCCCUGAUCUGAAA